AUGACAGCCAGACACAUUGUCCUCCUGAUGUCAUACUCCACAGACAGGAGUCCGGAGAGACUGGCACCAGACUCCUGCCACCUGUCCCUGGACCCAGACACGGCCCACCCCACCCUGGUCCUCCUGGAGGCCCCCCAGGGGGCCCACUGCGGUGAGGAGCCCCAGACCUACCCCCCUCACCCCCAGCGCUUCGACAGCGUGGCCCAGGUGCUCUGCCGCGAGGGCCAGUUCGGCGGCGCCAGCUACUGGGAGGUGGAGUGGCGUGGCAGCGGCUGGGUGGACGUGGGCGUGACCUACCGGGGCAUCGGACGCAAGGGCGGCGGGAAACCGUGCCUCCUGGGGCGCAACGAGAACUCGUGGCGCCUGCGGUGCACGCACGCCGGCUACGCGGCCUGGCACGACAACCGCAAGACGACGGUGGCGGCGCCGGCGUGCCCGCGGAUCGGCGUGUUCCUGGAGCGUCAGAAGGGGGCGCUGUCGUUCUACGGCGUGGCGGGGGAGGUGAUCCUGUUGCACACGUUCCGCUGCCAGUUCUCCCAGCCGCUCUACCCAGCCUUCCGCCUAGAGCUGGACUCCACCAUGCUCAUAUGCCCCCUGGAGGGGGCCAAUGCUCCCUGACACACACACACAUUAACACACACACAUUAACACACACACAUUAACACACACACACAUUAACACACACACAUUAACACACACACAUUAACACACCCACACACACAUUAACACACACACAUUAACACACCCACACACACAUUAACACACACACAUUAACACACACACACACACAUUAACACACACACAUUAACACACACACACACACAUUAACACACACACAUUAACACACACACACACACAUUAACACACACACAUUAACACACACACACACACAUUAACACACACACAUUAACACACACACACAUUAACACACACACAUUAACACACACACACAUUAACACACACACAUUAACACACACACACAUUAACACACACACAUUAACACACACACUGAGAAACACUACUUGGAACUGAUUUCUCAGAACAACAAAAAAUGAACCAGUCGUUGAACACUGCCCAGAUGUUACCAGACAUUGUAAACAGUUUUUACCCUUACAAUCCAAACCCCAUGUCACUGUGACCUUGACAUUGUUUGCCUGGUAUUUCUUGUCCACACACACACAAACACACACAAUCCGGAAGCUUACUAUACUGGACUACUACUUUCUGACCAAUCACGAUGAAUCAUGAUUAUUGCCUCGACCAAGUAAAAUACCUACUCGAUAUGUUAAAGGUUACCUAUUUCAAUUCCACCAAAACAAUUUAAAUAUAUGAUAUUUCGAGGGAAACCAAAUUACCUCUGUCUUUGUAUGAUAAUGUACCUUUCAUCCUCUUUUUCUCCGUCUAUCUUUUUGCAAAUGCAAGUGUAACGUCUGUGAACAUGUUAUAGUUGUAGGCUGUGUCAGUGAAAUUGUUGUAAUUAAAAAACGUUUUUUUCCUAAAUAUAUUAUAAAAUAUU